AUGCUAAUCGUUCAGAAAUACGGCGGAAGCUCACUGGCGGACGCCAAAAAGAUUCACAGUGUCGCCCGGCGAAUCGCGCGCAGCCGAGACGAGGGCAACAGUGUUAUCGUCGUCGUGUCCGCUAUGGGCGACACUACCGACGAGCUGAUCGGGCUGGCGAACCAGAUUUCGGAGCGCCCGGAUGCUCGCGAGCUUGAUGUUCUGCUCUCGACAGGCGAGCUCGUCUCAUGCACACUGAUGGCUAUGGCUCUGCGCACGAUGGGAUACGCCUCAGUGAGCCUCAGCGGGGCGCAGGCCGGCAUACGGACCGAUUCAAGCUACGGCAGAGCGCGCAUUGCCGGCGUAUCGCCCGAACGCAUCAUCAGCGAGGUGGAUAAGGGCAACAUCGUCAUCGUAGCGGGCUUUCAAGGCAUCACAGAGGACCUGGACAUCACCACACUGGGACGUGGCGGCUCCGACACCACCGCGGUCGCUAUAGCGGCCGGCGUCGAAGCGGAUCGCUGUGAGGUCUAUACGGAUGUGGACGGCAUCUACACCGCCGAUCCGCGACUCGUGCCAAAGGCGCGCAAGCUCGAUGAGGUCGGCUUCGAAGAGAUGCUGGAGCUUGCCAGCUACGGCGCGAAGAUGAACCCGCGCUCUAUCGAAAUGGGAAUGCACUACAACGUGCCUAUACUCGUCGCGUCAAGUUUCACGGACGCCAAGGGCACUCUGAUUCACGGAGACAUCGAAAUGAACAGCAAUGUGGGCGAGAUUCGCAAUCGCGUAAGGGGCAUCGCAACAGACACGAAUGUGGCGAAGAUUACGGUACUUGGCGUCAUUGACAGGCCCGGCAUAGCCGCCAGCCUGUUCGAACCGCUCGCAAAUGCUGACAUCAGCGUGGAUGUCAUCGUGCAGAACGCCAGCGUUGACGGCACUACCGAUAUGACUUUCACCGUUACCCGUACCGACCUAGCGCGCGCGCUUGAGGUCGUGGAACCUGUCGUAAAGGAACUUGGGAGCCGAGGCACGGUCAGCGACGAAGGCCUCGCCAAGCUGAGCAUCGUCGGCUCCGGGAUGCAGGACGCGCCCGGCUACGCCUCGCAGAUGUUCCGCUCGCUUGCGAGUCGAGGCAUCAAUAUCGAUGCAAUCACAACAUCUGAGAUUCGCAUCACAUGCCUCAUCAGCGAAUCGCAGAUUGCCGAGGCAGCCUGCACUCUUCACGACGCCUUCCGUCUCGAUAUGCCCCUGGACAUGCCCCAAGAGUAA